ACAUGAUUCUACCCAUUUCACCACCAGCCAUUCUCCAACUCACCAUACAAUGUUACCAUCUCCACCACCAAUGGAACCCACACAUAUUAACCAUAUUUUCACCACUACAAUCCACUCUCACCCCCUUUGGGGAUUCCCCAUCCAUAAUUACAACCCCUUCAUCUCAAACAGCUUGCAACUUAUUCACCACUUGACACCAAUUCCAGUACUCAAUGGCCAGUGAAGGCUUAGUUGUUCCGGUUGAUUCGUUUUCGCAACCUGCUUCGUUGAUCAAGAAAACUGCGGUUUCGCGGAGCUGGGUUUCGGUUGAUUCUAGUGGACAGAGUACGGUUUUGGAUUUGGAUAAAUAUGGUAUCAUGAAACGAGUUUCCAUUCAUGCGAGAGAUCUCAGGUUGCUUGAUCCUUUGUUGUCGUACCCGUCUGCGAUUUUGGGUAGAGAGAAAGCAAUUGUUCUUAACUUGGAGCAUAUCAAGGCAAUCAUUACAACUGAAGAGGUAUUGCUUCGUGAUCCAAUGGAUGAUAAUGUUAUUCCCAUUGUUGAAGAACUUCAAAGAAGAUUGCCACCUGUCAAUGGCAAUUAUUUAGGCCAAGGGGAUGAUGAAGAAGGCACUGGGGUUCAAACCGAGGCUCAAACAAGCGAAUCAAUCGAAUUCCCUUUUGAGUUUCGGGCUCUUGAAGUUGCAUUAGAAGGUAUUUGUAGCUUUCUUGAUGCGCGAACAAGAGAAUUGGAAACCGAUGCUUACCCUGCAUUGGAUGAGCUCACAUCUAUGAUAAGCAGUCGCAAUCUGGAUAGGGUGCGUAAACUCAAGAGUGCAAUGACAAGAUUGACCAAUCGGGUUCUAAAAGUAAGGGAUGAACUUGAACAACUAUUAGAUGACGACGAUGACAUGGCAGACCUCUAUUUGUCAAGAAAAUUAUCUUUUGCUUCUUCCCCAAGUAACGAUGGAGGCGACUUCACAUGGUCUCCUGCUUCUCCUACCAUAGAAUCAAAGAUAUCCCGGGCAAGCCGGACCACACCAUUUUCGAUCCAUGGGGAACACGAUGUUGAAGAACUUGAAAUGUUGCUUGAGGCUUACUUCAUGCAAAUUGAAGCAACAUCAAAUAAGUUGACUACGUUGCGUGAGUACAUUGAUGAUACAGAGGAUUACAUUAACAUUCAGUUGGAUAAUCAUCGAAAUCAGCUGAUUCAGUUAGAAUUGUUCCUAUUAUCCGGAACAGUUUCAUUGUCUGUUUACUCAUUGGUGGCUGCUAUAUUUGGUAUGAACAUUCCAUACCCAUGGAAUAAAAAUCAUGGCUAUAUGUUCAAAUGGGUGAUCAUGUUUGCUGCAAUGGUGAGUGCAUCAGUCUUUAUUUCAAUUACCACUUAUUCAAGACACAAAGGUCUUGUUGGAUCUUGACAAGCGUUUGAGUUCAUAUGCAUUAGGUGAUUGUACUCAACGUGCUAUAUAAGUUGCGGAAAAAAUAUUUCGUGCAUAUAUGUGUUGUACCAGGCUUGUAUGAGCUAUUUUUAUAUUAUAUAUAUAUGUAUAUUCUUUUUGUCUAUGCAUUAUUAAAAAUCAUCUUUUGGA